UUUGAACUGCGCAUGUACACAAGCUCUAAACACGGAAGUAAACAGGGGUUACUCACGUACCAAAUAUAAGCUGAUAACGAAGUUAUAAUGUGCAGCGAGUGUCAUAACUGCCACUUCACACGGGGACACGUACACCAUAGUAUACGGACAAAGACUCACAAUUUCUCUACGGUUUGGGGCACUGACAAUUCUUAUUCUUAUGAAAAACGACACUUGUUGAGCCCAGACCGUUCAGAUCAGAUCAGACUGUGUACAAGUUACUACAACAGACAACAGUGGGAGUUCAGAUGUUAAGUUGGACUGACAUUUGUGGAUAAGACUAUAAGAGUUGACGUGUUCACAUUUGCCUUGCUAGACACUGCAACAGGAAACGACCCCGCCGGACUGACGUUCCAUCACUGUCAACGCAAGCAACGAAAGACGGCAGUUUUGAUGACCAAAGUCAUAAACAGACAUCAAGGAUGAGCCUACGUGGGGUAUCCUCAAACAGUGCCAGCAAUUCAGAUAGUGUAUCCACUUAUUUUCACUGAACACAGCCAACCUCACCAUAAGAUCACCUAAUCAGCAUUUGAAAAUUUAUUGAAAAUAUUGACGCUGGCGUCCCUCGCAGACCAUAUUAAGACUGUCUUCAGGCCCACCACAAUGCGUUACUUCUCUAACCAGGUAGCGGAGAUAACCGAACACGUGUAUCUUAGCAGCGUGGGCGGGGUGACCCAGGAAAGGUCCCUGGAGGAGCAUGGCAUCACCCACAUCCUGAACGUCGCCACGGAGCUCCAGGACCUGAAGUACCCACAGGAUGACCUGAUGAUCAAACGUGUGUCCCUGAGAGACUCUGUCACCGAGAACAUCCUGCCCCACCUGGAGUCUCUGGUCGACCACGUGGAUGAGGUGGCGAGGCAAGGAGGUAGGGUUGCGGUUCAUUGUAUUGCUGGCGUCAGUCGCUCUGCCACCGUGUGCAUCGCCUACCUCGUGAAGCACCACCACAUGACCCUGAAGCAGGCUUAUCGGAAGGUCUAUAAGGCAAGGGAGGUAAUUUACCCCAAUAGGAGUUUCUGGGCGAGUCUGGUGGCUUUCGAGGAGCUGUAUCACGACCACAGCACGGUGGAGAUGCUGCCUUACAUCUGUGGGAUGGAGCCCUCGGUGUACCAGAGGGAUACGGAGAUGAGGAUCCGGCAUGGUUGGAUGGGAGAACUAGGGACCAUGUGGCUGUUUCACCUGGUUCUGAUGUUGGUGCAGGUGUAUUUUGCUUGAUGGUGUCACACCCCACGCCAAAGACUGGAGAUCCGUAUAAGGAAACAUGUCACUCGGGUGCAGGAAUUCUGCAGCAAAAACUCAGAACUCACGUGUGACGUCCUUUUGGUAAGCAAAAGUUUCGGGGCGCGCUCAGACUCGACCUAACUAUUAUUGAGGGACAAGAUUUAUAGAAUAAGACGGGACCACUGGCUGAUGGCUUGUAUCACGUGACUUCAUCUGGCAACCGUGAUGUGAAACACGAAGCCCCACGACUGGUAUUGGUGGAAAGCUCCCUUGCUCCGUGCAACAAUGAUCUGAAUCCUCAAUGCUCGUGGUGCCGGUUGAUAACUCAGGAAUGUCCUCACUGACUGGCUUCAUAACGCGAGAAGAGUUUACUACACGCAUUGGUUAAAGACACGUUGUAUUGGUUAAUAACUCAGGAAUGUUCUUACUGACCGGCUUCAUGACGCGAGAAGAGUUUACACGCAUUUGUGUAAGACUUGAUUGUAUGUGCUCUCUGGUUGAAGACUUGGUUGUAUGUGCUCUCUGGUUGAAGACUUGGUUGUAUGUGCUCUCUGGUUGAAGACUUGAUUGUAUGUGCUCUCUGGUUGAAGACUUGAUUGUAUGUGCUCUCUGGUUGAAGACUUGAUUGUAUGUGCUCUCUGGUUGAAGACUUGAUUGUAUGUGCUCUCUGGUUGAAGACUUGAUUGUAUGUGCUCUCUGGUUGAAGACUUGAUUGUAUGUGCUCUCUGGUUGAAGACUUGGUUGUAUGUGCUCUCUGGUUGAAGACUUGGUUGUAUGUGCUCUCUGGUUGAAGACUUGAUUGUAUGUGCUCUCUGGUUGAAGACUUGGUUGUAUGUGCUUUCUGGUUGAAGACUUGAUUGUAUGUGCUCUCUGGUUGAAGACUUGAUUGUAUGUGCUCUCUGGUUGAAGACUUGGUUGUAUGUGCUCUCUGGUUGAAGACUUGGUUGUAUGUGCUCUCUGGUUGAAGACUUGAUUGUAUGUGCUCUGUGGUUGAAGACUUGAUUGUAUGUGCUCUCUGGUUGAAGACUUGGUUGAAUGUGCUCUCUGGUUGAAGACUUGGUUGUAUGUGCUCUCUGGUUGAAGACUUGAUUGUAUGUGCUCUCUGGUUGAAGACUUGAUUGUAUGUGCUCUCUGGUUGAAGACUUGGUUGUAUGUGCUCUCUGGUUGAAGACUUGAUUGUAUGUGCUCUCUGGUUGAAGACUUGAUUGUAUGUGCUCUCUGGUUGAAGACUUGGUUGUAUGUGCUCUCUGGUUGAAGACUUGGUUGUAUGUGCUCUCUGGUUGAAGACUUGAUUGUAUGUGCUCUCUGGUUGAAGACCUGAUUGUAUGUGCUCUCUGGUUGAAGACUUGAUUGUAUGUGCUCUCUGACUGAAGACUUGGUUGUAUGUGCUCUCUGACUGAAGACUUGGUUGUAUGUGCUCUUUGGUUGAAGACUUGAUUGUAUAUGCUCUCUGACUGAAGACUUGGUUGUAUGUGCUCUCUGGUUGAAGACUUGGUUGUAUGUGCUCUCUGGUUGAAGACUUGAUUGUAUGUGCUCUCUGGUUGAAGACUUGAUUGUAUGUGCUCUCUGACUGAAGACUUGAUUGUAUGUGCUCUCUGACUGAAGACUUGAUUGUAUGUGCUCUCUGACUGAAGACUUGGUUCUAUGUGCUCUCUGACUGAAGACUUGAUUGUAUGUGCUCUCUGACUGAAGACUUGAUUGUAUGUGCUCUCUGACUGAAGACUUGAUUGUAUGUGCUCUCUGGUUGAAGACUUGAUUGUAUGUGCUCUCUGACUGAAGACUUGAUUGUAUGUGCUCUCUGACUGAAGACUUGAUUGUAUGUGCUCUCUGACUGAAGACUUGAUUGUAUGUGCUCUCUGACUGAAGACUUGGUUCUAUGUGCUCUCUGACUGAAGACUUGAUUGUAUGUGCUCUCUGGCUGAAGAUCGUAUCGGUGUACCAGUGUUAAAGCGGUGUUGUCUACCGCACUACGUUAUAUUUACUGCGCGUUAUGUUAUAUUUCUAUUUCAGAUCUGGAAGUACAGUAAAACACCAUGGUGUCGAACUUUGACGUGUCUCGAAGUAAAAGAUUUGUGCUUCGUAUUCGAACUUCGGAUAACACAAAGUAUUACGUUGGACCCUUCAAUUUCGACAUAGUGGUAUUUGACUGUAUUUGAGUUUACCUCCUAAUGGAACUACAUAUUAUGGUUUACGCGUUCCUGUGGUUUUGUCCGUGUAAUGUAAAUAGUUAUACAUAUAUUUGGGUGCGUAUAUAGAUAUACAUACAAAUGCAUAUAGUUCCUGACUCGACCGGGACUCGGCUUGUGAGGCAAGUUAGUCACUGGUCGGUGGCUGGCUGCUUGUGUCAUGUGAUCGUUUGGACGGGUACCGAUUAUUUAUGUUGUUUGUCCAUUUUCAUCUCGGGUAUGGAAUCUCCAAGUAUUUAUAUUAACCUUUGACCUCACUGAACUGCAUGAUAACUGAUAUGUUUAUGUGUGUCCAUCAUCAGAAUGUGAUUUUUUUUUUGUUUAUUAACAAUGGUUUACUCAAUAUAUUGUCUAGUCUAAUCAAUAAAGAACCAUUUCAUUAUU